GUCACCUCAAGAUCUCAACAUCAUGAUCUUAGUUUCAACACAAUUGUUCCCAGUCCUCUUUUCAUUGCUUUUGGUGUUGCCUGUUGUUGAAGCAGUAGAAGCCAGAGAUGCAAUCGCUCUCGUUCUCAGUAUUACAGGCAUUUAUGCUUGUUUGGGGGUAUAUGCACGAAGGAGAAAUGGACAGAUGUGACUUUGAAGGACCUCCUGAAUCAAACCUUGUCCUGAAAACCUUUGUGCUGUUGAGGUUCAGAACUGAG